UUAAAGAGAAAAAAUUCAGUAGAAAUGCUCAUUUACAAAAGUCAUAUUAGAGCAUUAAGAGACUCUCUGAAUGAUGAAAUCCUAAAUACUCAGGGACUUCCCUGAGAGACCAUCUUUUCUUGUGAUAUACUGCUGCAAUGCUAUCAGCAGAAGUGCUUGAGCUUCAUUUUCACGUCAUAGGAUAGGGGACUCCUGGCAAUAUAUUCUUUGUCAGAGCCCCUAGAACUGCUUUGGACUGAAUAGCUUAAGUUCAGUGACAUUUUGGCAUGCUGCUGAAGCCAUGUAUUUGACAGGAUUUUUGGAGAGGAUUAUUAAGGAUGUUUUUCCAGAAAGACCAGAGGAGAUUUUUUUUUUUGGGGGGGGAGUGGGGGCUGGAUGAGAUAUAGGGAUGUUUGCUUUUGGAAUAUUGCUGGGUUGUGCUGUAACCUAAAAAAUGAAAAUAAAAAACGUGUGAUCUUAUAGGACCUUACAGUCUGACCAAAAUUUUUUUUAUGUAGUACCAUUGUGUUGUAACAUGUAAUUGUCAGGGCACCUGCAGACAGAAUAAAAGGAUCUUUAUUUAUUUUGAUUCAUGCUCGAAACAUUGGAACUGGGCACAAGCAUUUAACAAGACUGUCUGUAAAUCGCUGUGGCAAGCAUAGAGAAAGCUGCUGCCCUCACGAGGAAACGCAGUGCCAAUCCCACCACCCCUUCAGGUAACCAACCACUGGCUACGCUCGACCACGGAGCAUCGCGCUGAACUCGGGACCAAGAGCAAAGGAAGGGAAGAGCCCGAGGGACCCAGCAACCCAGCCUACAAAGGGACAAUGUUGCGUGCCAGACGGGAAACCGAUCCUGCCCCCCAGCCGGCUCUGGCCCCCCAGCCCCACUCGCUAGGUUCCCAGGGUCCCUUAGACAGAGCAAGGCGCGAGAGCCCGGUCCCGUGCCCAGGCUUCGGGGGAAAUAAGCCCCGGCUCGGGCCUGGGUUUGCGGAGCAGGGUCAGAGCCGCCGGCCCCGUGGUGCGAGGCCGUUACCUGGGCCCGGUGCCCACCAGACAGACAUUGAAAGUAUGAGAAAUGUCCAGACCUUGAAAACUGUUGAUUGGUCCGUGACAGGUAUUAAGGAUCCAGCAACCAGGAAGAAUGAAUAUUUACCAUCAUAAUUAAAAAGAUGUUUAUAUGUAUACUUUCCAAAAUGGAUAAUUGGCAAUGGAAUUAGUUUCGUAUUCUAGCAGGAGCAUUCACAUUGAAAUCUCUUUAUUUUUAUUCAAUUUUCCAUACUGAAAAUAUACACUGCAACUUUCCUUUAUAGAAAACAUUAUGAGAAGGUUGUAUCACCAGGCGUAAGAAUGUAUUUAGAUAUGUUCUGAAUUCUUCUACUUAUGAGGUGUUAGCAGAAUGACAAUAAUGAAAAUCAACCCAAGGAAAUUUACUAAGUGGAAUUUUACUAUGUCCGUUCUUGGAAUUGUAAUCUAUAUAGCUGAUAUUGCAGCAGAUCUCUGGGUUGCUAGUAACUAUUUCUGUGAGAGGCAAUAUUAUUUAGUUAUCUUGACAUUAGCUUUUAGAUUGCUGGCAUCAGUAAUAGUACAGACUUUUAGUUAUGCAUGGCUUAAGGAAGACUGUAACAUCCCUGAUUCUGAGAAGUUCAACUGGAUUUUUCUACUUCAUUUCUUGCAUGGUGGAAUUUUUACAAGGUACUGGUUUGCAUUGAAAGAUGGCUACCAGGCUGCAUUUAAACACAACAGCUCAGGAAAUAAACUUACUGAGAGCACUCCCGAUGACAUUCAUAAAUGUGCCAUUGAUGCUGUGACUGAUAUUAGUAUGCUCAGGGUAUUUAAGACUUUCUUGGAGACUACACCCCAGCUCAUUCUCCAGAUUUAUAUCCUGAUGGAGCAUGACAAGGUUGCCUUCAGUCAGUAUGCUUCUAUCAUCACUUCUUUCUGCAGCAUUUCCUGGUCUACUCUUGACUAUCAGAUAUCAUUACGAAAAUCUCUGCUUGACAAAAAUCAAUUUGCAGGGGUGCGGCCUAGGUUAAUGUACCUCUUAUAUAAACUGUUUACACUGACUUCUUGGAUACUGAGUAUUGCACUGACCACCAUAUUAAGUAUUGUUAGUAGUUUAAUUCUGUUAAUAUCUCUUUGGACCUUGGGCUUCAGCUGGACUUUGAAGCAGCAUACUACAUUUUGCAAAUCUAAGAGGAUGGAAUUUUUAUACAGGACUGUUGUUGGAGUCAUUCUUAUUUUUACAUUUUUUAAUGUAAAGGGGGAAAAAACAAAAAUGUAUAUUGUUAGUUAUUAUACCACUCAUGUACUUGUAACUUUAGCUGUAAUGUGCGGGUGUUUGUUCUGGAAGACUUCAGUUACUGAGCAAUUCUAUUUUCCAUUUGUGAGCAUCACAAUUGUUCUCACUCUAGGGGCAGGUAUUAUUUGUCUUAUUAUUUAUUAUUCAUUUUUCCACCCCACUAUUUAUUUCAAACAAGAUAGUGCUUCAGACACAGUUGAUGGACUAGCAAGAGAAAGAGAGAAAGAAGGGAUCAGUAGAAUAAGAAACUUUAUAAUGCAAUAAACAGCAUCGAAUUAUGUAAAUUUUGAAAUGUGUGCAAAUCAAAGCACAUACUACCUGGAGUGUUAGUUACUAUGUCUUUACUUGUUUGCAAUGCCCAUUUCAGGUAAAAUAGUUGCUCAUGGAAAUGGUAGUAGGUAUCAGCUCUGAAUACUUAGUUCUGCUUUGCUAUGCUGCAAAGCAAAGACUUUAUAAAAUAAACUUAGUGUUUCUUUCA